AUGUAUAGGCAAUUCCUUGUGCAUCCAUCGGAUAGGAAAUUCCAAUUCAUCUUAUGGAGAGAAAACGAACAUACCCCAAUACAAACUUACCAGCUCAAUACCAUAACUUACGGCACAUCAUCUGCACCCUUUUUAGCAAUUCGCUGUCUUCAGUAUUUGGCUGAAAUUAACGUCGAACGUUUUAGUCAAGGUGCUGCUGUUCUUAAGUCGGACUUUUACGUUGAUGACAUGCUAACUGGGGCAGACGACUUGGAUACUCUUUGUCAAAAACGGAAUGAAGUCGUUUCAAUUUUGAGUACAGCUGGCUUAGAACUUUCGAAGUGGAACAGCAAUCAUAUCGCUUUAAUUGAAGAAGCUACACCAAAGGACAUCAAAUUGACUGAAUCCAAUCUCACCAGUACGUUAGGUAUUUCUUGGAACCCUCGUGCUGAUGAAUUCAUUUUUUCAUACAAACCUAAUCGGGUCUAUACAAAAUACACAAAAAGAUCUAUUCUCUCGCUUUCGUCGUCUCUUUUUGAUCCAAUGGGCUUGCUUAGUCCAAUAAUUAUCCGGGCUAAGAUACUGCUACAACAGCUUUGGAUAGAAAAAUUCGAUUGGGACGAAAAUAUUUCUCCAAAUCUCGAGACAGAGUGGCGUCAAUUCAUGACAGAUCUCAACUCAAUUCAAAAUCUUCCAAUUCCUCGAUACGUUUUUCUAGAAAACAAUAUCAGAUUCCAGAUACAUGGGUUCGCAGACGCAUCUAUGAAAGGGUAUGGCUGCUGCAUUUAUCUGCGGAGCAUUGACAAUUGUGGGUCCGUAGGAGUGAAACUUUUAGUCGCCAAAUCCAGAGUUGCUCCUGCAAAGAAGAGAACACUUCCCCGCCUAGAGCUCUGCGCAGCACAUCUCUUAUCCAAACUUUGGGUAACAAUACAAAGGGUCAUCGUCAAGCACUACAAUGAAACUUGCUUUUGGACUGAUUCGUCAAUAGUUCUGCACUGGAUAUCCACACAUUCUUCGAAGCUAAAUACUUUCGUUGGUAAUAGAGUAGCUGAAAUCCAGGACACAACAAAGGAGGUGGUCUGGAAACAUGUUCCAACUUCUGACAAUCCAGCAGAUAUAGUUUCUCGAGGAUGUACAGCGGAAGAGCUUAAAAGUUCAAUUUGGUUCAGGGGUCCAGAUUUCUUGAUCGAGGAUGAAGAAAGGUGGCCAUGUUCAUUAGGAGCUUCUCCUCCUCCAGAAGAUUUAUUGCUAGAACACAGGAAAACUGUUUUAGUUUGUCAAAAAGACAAAAACUAUUAUCUCAAUUUAAUUGAAAAGGUUAGCUCGUACACCAAAGUUUUGAGAAUCUUUGCUUACGUAAAAAGAUAUCUCAAUUUACGAUUACUGAGGAUUCCAUUCCCAGGUCGAUACCUUACAGCUGGGGAGUUAGAUUAUUCGUUACUCACCAUAGUUAAUGUCAUACAAAUGGAGUAUUUUGCGAAGGAGAUCCAGGCAGUAAAAUCAAACUCAAAACUUCAAGGAUCGACAAAAUGGUUAUGUCCUUUUAUCGAGGACAGAAAUGGUCUUUUGUUGUUGAGAGUAGGUGGCAGAUUGAAACAUGCUGACAUUCCAGAGGAAAACAAACAUCCGAUGUUGCUUCCAAAAGAUUGCAAUUUCAGCAAAGAACUUAUUCGACAUUUGCACUAUUCUAACUACCAUGCAGGUCCAAAGGCUCUUGUGGCGCUAACGAGACAAAGAUUUUGGAUCAUCAAUGUUCGACAGUUGGCACGCAGCGUUAUUCGAAGGUGCACUCAUUGUGCAAGAUAUCGACCGAAGUUAUAUGACCAAGUAAUGGGAGAUUUGCCUGCAGAAAGAUUAACAUCUUCACGUCCAUUUUUAUGCUGUGGGGUUGAUUUCUGUGGUCCUAUUUACACAUACUACAAAAUCAGGGGGAAGGUGCCUUAUAAAACCUAUGUGGCAGUUUUUGUCUGCUUCGCUUCGAAAGCGGUUCACUUAGAAGCUGUAUCAGACCUUUCAGCAGACGCUUUUAUAGGAGCAUUAAAAAGAAUGAUAGGUCGUAGAGGUAUUCCCAAAGACAUCCACUGUGACAACGCGACAAAUUUUGUUGGCGCACAGUCAAAACUAAGCGAGUUGCGAGAUAUGUUGUUCAAAAAAUCCAACCAAGAAAAUCUCAUUAAUUAUUGUACUAAUUCCAAUAUAAAUUUUCAUUUUAUACCCCCCAGGGCACCCAAUUUUGGUGGAAUUUGGGAAGCUGCAGUUAAAGUCGCUAAGGGUCAUUUGUAUCGCAGCCUUGGAAACGCCAAAUUGUCAUUCGAAGAGCUGUCAACUGCACUUGUCGAGAUUGAGGCCAUCAUGAAUUCGAGGCCUAUUACUUCUAUAUCAACAGAUCCAAACGACUUCGAAGCCCUAACACCAGCACAUCUCCUGAUCGGAUCCUCUCUCAAGGCGAUUCCCGAACUAUUGACUGAGGUAUCCGACAUAAGCUAUCUCGAAAGGUGGCGGCGAAUUAACGCUGUCAAAACUCAUUUCUGGAAGCGAUGGUCCAACGAGUACGUCACUGAACUGCAAGGUCGUGGAAAGUGGACAACAUCAAGUCCAAAUAUCGCUAUCGGCAGCUUGGUCAUCAUUCACGAAGACAAUUUACCACCCCAAAAAUGGCUCUUGGGAAGAGUCACCAAAGUCAUCGAAGGUCCUGAUGGGCGAGUAAGAGUCGCCGAUGUUAAAACUCAACGAGGAACAUUUCGAAGACCUAUUCGCAAAUUGGCGGCGAUUCCGUCUUGA